AGAGUUAAAUUGACUCGAUGACAACGUUUGUUCGGUUUUUCUCUUUUUCUUAUAGUUUUUGUCUUCCACAUUUUGAAAGUGGAUAAUUAAUUAUAUAUGGAAUGUGUUAUUUAUUUUGUUAAAAGGAUUAAAUAAUUAUGUAUUUCAUCGUAUUAAACAUAUGCUAUUUAUAUUAAUGAAUUAAUUUCUGUUAUUUUUUAUAUGCUCUAGUGUUUUGUAACAGUGCACUAAAUUUUAUUAUGGUACAAUAGCCAAAUUGAAUAUUGAACAUAUUUUUAUAACGAUUUCAAAGUGAAUAUAAUCUAUUUUAAUGUAGAUACGAACAAUGGGCAAGAUAAACAAUUCGUUCUUAUGGGGCAUUAUUUUUGCGUCGGCGACGUGGAGUGUGUCUUUGUAUCUCUACUGGAUAUUGAAUAUGAAUGGAGAGAAUGUUAUAAAUAAGACAGAGAAUAAAAUGCACUAUCGCUUAGCAAAUACAGAUGAAAAAGAUAGAAUAAAAAACAAUGACAAAUCUAUUGCAGCAUUGGAGGGUAAAAAUUUACUCUCAGAUACUCCGCAGACUAAUGACAAAUACUCUGGAAAUAUUUGGAAAUAUCAACGUAGUGGGUCUAAUUACCAGAGAAAGAUGAUGCUUAAAGAAAAAUAUGCUAAGCAACUUGGAAUGAAAUUGUCAGCAAAUCCAGAUAAAAGUUUGGAUGGCCAGGUUGGUUUAAUACGUAAUGCUGAAGACGUAAGAAUGAGAGAUAAGGGUUAUAAUCUGCACGCAUUCAAUACCCUUAUAUCACAAAGAAUUGGUAAUCACAGAGGGUUGCCUGAUACUAGGAAUAAGUUGUGUAGAUUGCAAAAGUUUUCCUCAAUACUACCAAAAGCUUCCAUUAUUAUUUGUUUUUACAAUGAACAUUUUGAAACAUUAAUGAGAUCUGUUCAUUCUAUAUUAGAUCGUACAGAUCAAAAUCAUUUGAAAGAAAUCAUAUUAAUUGAUGACUAUAGUGAUAUAGAAGGCCUACAUGAUGAAGUACAAAAAGCUGUGAAUAAAUUAAAUAGUAAGAUGCGUAAAGAUGAAGAAAUGCUGGAAACUAAUAAUAUAGAUGAUAAUGUUGUAGUUGAUUAUAUAAAUGAUGACAAUAAUGUGGAUAAGAAAACUACAGAUAAGAAUUCUGCGAAAUCAAGAGAUGGAAUGAACAUAAGGUUGCUAAGAACUAGUAAAAGAGAGGGACUUAUUCGGGCGAGAUUGUACGGCGCUGAUAAUAGUGUAGGUGAUGUUUUAGUAUUUUUGGAUUCCCAUAUUGAGGUGAAUGUGGACUGGCUCCCGCCGCUUUUAGCUCGUCUUGUUGAGGGCGUGGAUGGAAUGAAGGUGAGGUUCUCAUCGAGGGCUGUGGCUCCAGUUAUCGACGUCAUAAACGCUGAUACUUUUGAUUAUACGGCCAGUCCAUUAGUUCGGGGUGGGUUUAAUUGGGGUUUGCACUUCAAGUGGGACAAUCUACCAAAAGGAACUCUCAAAGCGGAUGAAGACUUUGUGAAACCGAUAAAAUCGCCGACAAUGGCCGGUGGAUUGUUUGCAAUAUACCGUGAUUACUUCAAUUAUAUUGGGAAGUAUGACUCAGGAAUGAACGUAUGGGGAGGAGAGAACUUGGAGAUUUCAUUUAGGAUAUGGAUGUGUGGCGGCACCUUGGAGUUGAUACCGUGUAGUCGUGUGGGACAUGUAUUCCGUAAGCGACGACCCUACGGUUUAGGCGAGAAGCAAGAUUAUAUGUUGCAAAACUCGAUGCGUAUGGCUCACGUUUGGAUGGAUGACUAUGUUAAAAAAGUAAUUGAACAUAAUCCAUCGGCGGCACAUAUAGAUGUAGGUGACUUAUCAGAGAGAAAGGUUUUACGUGAAAAUCUGCAUUGUAAAUCGUUCAAGUGGUAUUUGGACAAUGUGUAUCCAGAACUGGAGUUAGGUGACGAUACAGCCGCCAAGAAGAGAGUGGCAGCACUUAACGAUCCAGACAAGAAUAAAUUCCAACCAUGGCAUUCUAGGAAACGAAAUUAUACGGACUCCUUUCAAAUCCGUUUAAAAAGUACUUCCCUUUGUAUACAAAGUGCCAAAGAUAUUAAGACGAAAGGCAGCGGACUUAUACUUUCAAGUUGUAUAAGGACUUUAAAUCAGAUGUGGUUUGAAACAUCUCGGAACGAGUUAGUUUUAGGAAGGACGUUAUGUUUGGACGCAUCCAACAACGUUGCACCAUCUCUUGGCAAAUGUCACGAAUUGGGUGGUUCACAGGAGUGGAAACAUAAAGGGACUGCGGGCAGUCCAGUGUAUAAUACGGCCGCUGGUAUGUGCCUCGGGGUCGAUCGAGCUUACCGUAAUGAACCUUUAAUUAUGGUGAUAUGUGACAAUCAGCCUACAAACCAGUGGGACUUUGUUAGAUCAUAAUUGGCUACAAUUAUUAAAUAAACGUAUUGUUUAUAAACACUAAAUAAAUAUAUUAUGUAGCUAAUUAACGUGUAAAGUAUUUUUUUCCAUGAAUUUGACAUUGAAUGUCAUUGAUUAUUGAGAAUUUUUUAUAAUCGGAAGAUAUAGGCCCGAUAUCACAAUACUUUAUUUACAGUAUUUUAGUUAAUAGGUAUUUCGUACGGCCAUCAAACAAAUGUAUCGUGUAAUGUAAUUUAUUUUUUAUGUUAAGCGCUACGUCUCCGACAAUUGUGAAUCGAUUUAUUUAUAAUUAUCCCGAAUGGAAAAGGUAUGUUGGUUUUGUUUAAAAAAUGUAAUACAUAGUGUAAAAAAUGUAAUACAUUAUUGUGAUCACAGACAUGGAUUUAGUUAGAUGUCGUUAUUGUAUUUAUUUUAUGUGCAACUUUUUUUACAGAUAAAAAAAAGCCUUAAGCUUAGUUAAAUUUUAUGCUCCUAUACGAAAUUUUAUCAAGUGUUUAGAGGAUUGACGGAAAUAGUAUUACUGAUGGUAUUUAUGAUAAGGUUUGGUGCUUUGGAGUGGGGAAUGUUUUAUUAACAUUGCAAUAUUUAGAAAAUUGUGGUACGUUUACUUUUCAUAUAGAUUUGCGUCCACUAUCUGUAUUACAAGUCUGUGGUUGUGUCUAAUAUAAUUUGCAUAAAAAGACCGGUGAUAAAUAUAACAUGUUACCAUUGUUGUUAUCUGACACAAAAUAUAUGUUUAAUAGUGUUUAUAAGAUUAUUAGGUACCUAAAGAUUAGAGAGAAAUCAAUAAUAGUAAGUACAUCCUGGCGUUAACAAACUAAUCCUCUAUAAGUUGAACAAUUUGAACACUUUUAAGAAAUACUAUAUAUUAGUAUAAGAAGGGGAAAAGUGACAGAACAGUAAAUUUAUAGGAAUUGUAAUUAUAAUAACUACGAUUAUAAUUUAUUCAAACUCGUCAAAAUUCACUUUACACUUUAUCGUAUUACGUCUUUCUUCUUUUUAUUUUUAUAAUUUGAAAAUGUUUCGUUUUCAAUCGCUAAUUCUAAAGAGAAAAAUCCGUUUCUUCUUUAUUGAAUCUAUUUUUUCUAUAAUUAGUAUCGUUUUUAAAAAGGAAUUGAGGACUUGUAAUUUAAUGGUUGACAAAAAUUACUAUUGAGUUGAAUUUAACACUUCCUCUUACCUUUUGUGAAAUUGUUUAAAACGAUAUUGUUUAUGUCUAAAGAAUUAUACGCUUAUUUCAGUAUUUUGGUCACCUGAUGUAAGUGUUCUGAAAUAUAAUAGUUAUAUUUUUAGGAAAUUUCAAUGUACGAACAAUUGUGUUAUCUAUUAUAUACAUAUCAUUCUACCACUCUAGAACCACUGAAGGUAAAUUGGUAAUAACAUCUGGAAUCUUGUUUUGAAUUUCGAGCGCAUAUUUAAUUUUAGGUGGCACCACAGUAAAGUGGAAACUAUUCUAUUUUUAACUGACAUAUCAACUUUCUGAUAAAAUCAAUAAACAUAGAAACUUAAGUUUAUUUUAGAGAUAUAUAAAUAAGAUGGGUCAUCAAUUUCAUUAGUUAGCAUAUUUAUAUAUGCCUUUUAGAUAUAGCUUGCCCAUUUUACUAAUUUUAUUGUUUUUGAGGGAAAUUAUUACCUUGAAGAAUUACUAUCUUGUACAUAAAAACUAAAACUGUGAACUUUUGUGAACGGUAUAUAAGUUCGUAAUUACAAAAAAAUAUUUCCAUCUCAGAAGAAUUGUAUUGAAAGUGAGUGUUCGUGAAAUCACUUCUCUUUAAAAAGUUUUAGUCAUUAUACAUUUUUAAAAUAAGAAAAAAUAUUUUAAAUAUUUUAAGUUCCACACGAUGAACAAAUUGUUGGUUGAAAAGAAAUACUAAAGAAAUUAAACAGGAAUAAAGUUGUGGAUACUAUUUAGAUUAAUAAUAAUUAAUAAUAUAUUAGUUUUAUAAUAUCGUAAUUUUGAGACUGGAACAAAAUCUCACUAUGUUAUCUUGAUUAUUGUUGUUGUGCGUACGUCGGUCAAAAUAAUUAGUUCCAUAAUUAGAUGUUGGUUGUAUGUUAUUUAGUUAAAGUUUUCUAAAGUAUAGGUAUGAAUAUUAUUAUAUAUUAUUAUUAUACUCAGAAGAAGUAUAAAACACUAAGCGUCUAAAUAAAACAAAACAAAAAAUUAAAUAAAAAACAUACAGAACAAAUAUAAAUGCGUAAAAGUAAACGCUAUAGGACAAAAUUCCAUUUAAAUGUCGUUACUUUUAUUCGUCGUAGGAUUUAAUGCUUUAUUAACUUGGAAUCGGCUUAAUACCAAGUGCAGUUAUAAAUAUCGGUUUGUACCUUGAGAUUUUUUUAUAUAUACCAACCGGCCUAAAUCUAUGGCAGUUAUAAGUUGUAGAAAUUAUUUAUAAAUUUAUAUUCGUACCGUGUAAUUUUAACGAAUUUUAUCCUGCUUUGUCAUUCAAAUAAAGAAUUUUGCUCUAAAGAAAGAUAUAGAAUAUAUAUAUGUAUGGGAGUGUAGAUUAUUUGAUUAGUUCGAAUUUAUUUUCAUUUAAUGGGUAUAUUUACCUUAGUCUUAUUUUUAUACCUAUUUUUUAUAUUUUUUGGACGUGGUUGUGAAAUAAUAUGACUAUUUCUAAAGACGUGUGUGUUGUUAUAACAUUCGUCCAUAUUACUAAUUUAUACAUUUUAGUAACCUUUUUUUGUAUAGGCAGUAGUUUACAUUAAAGAAUUUUGUAGUUGCAGUCACUUAUAUAUAAUGUGGAAGGGAAAGGGUUUUUCUAUUAGUAUUCUAGGGGUUUUAUGUGAAAUAGACUAGUGGUUUUUCUAUUAAAAAAUUUCGAUUUGCGAUCUCUUGUCAAGUUGUUAUAGGUUUUAAUUUUUUUGAUUAUUGUAAUCUGUGUAAUAUAAUAAUAUACAAUUAUAUAAACCGAUCUUAUUUAAAUA